AAAGGCUAUCACCGCAACACCCCAAUACUCUGUGCGGUGAGUAGGAACGCUCCACCGCUUCCGGUUUUAUUUAUGCGUGUGUUAGAAAACAGUAACCUACUGCUGUGGUGACUAUAACAUUUAAUCAGUUACAGUAAUUCUGUGUGUUAGACGGCAUAAUAAAUAAGUGGUUGGGAUCUGUUAGGAAAGGUAUGCCAUUUGGAGGGCGGCGGUACUGAAUGAGUAAGGGGCAUAAAGAGGCCAGCCAUGGACUCGGAAUCGGUAUUGCAGGAGAAAGCUUUGAAAUUCAUGAGGGACACGUUGAAAAUAUCGAUGGACCAAAAUAUUGACUGCUGUACACCGCUGCAAAAAACACCACAACACUGCUCUAUGCCCAAGUCUCUGUGGUUGGGCUGCUCCAGCCUGGCGGACAGCAUGCCUUCGCUGCGAUGCCUGCACACCCCAGGGACUGGCACACUCACAGCUUUCCAGAUUGUGGGAGUGUCAUGUGCUGUUUGUCCUUAUGGGUUUCUCACUAGUGCCCCUUGUGCGACACAGAAGGGACCAACAAAAAAGACUUCUUCUGAGAGGGAUGACUUUUGCAAUGAUGAACCACCAAGGAAGAUUAUACCAGAAAAAAAUGGUUUUAGACAGACUAAACUCAAUGGCACAUCCAACAUGAUUGUUACCAAGCAGCGAAAGCUCUCAGCCAACUAUGAGAAAGAAAAAGAACUUUGUGUAAAAUACUUUGACCAGUGGUCUGAGUCAGAUCAGGUCGAAUUUGUGGAACACCUGAUCUCUCGAAUGUGUCAUUAUCAGCACGGGCACAUAAAUUCGUAUCUAAAACCCAUGUUACAGAGGGAUUUCAUUACUGCCUUACCAGCUCGGGGAUUGGAUCACAUUGCUGAGAGCAUUCUGUCAUACCUUGAUGCCAGAUCUCUGUGUGCUGCUGAACUGGUGUGUAAAGAAUGGUACAGGGUGGCUUCUGAUGGUAUGCUUUGGAAAAAACUAAUUGAAAGGAUGGUCAGAACAGAUUUGCUUUGGAGAGGAUUAGCCGAACGAAGGGGAUGGGGUCAAUAUUUAUUCAAGAACAAACCUGCAGAUGGUACCUGUCCUCCUAACUCUUUUUAUAGAGCACUUUAUCCGAAAAUUAUUCAGGAUAUAGAGACCAUAGAAUCAAACUGGCGUUGUGGAAGACAUAGCUUACAACGAAUCCACUGUCGUAGUGAAACAAGCAAGGGGGUGUAUUGUUUACAGUAUGAUGAUCAGAAAAUUGUUAGUGGACUAAGAGACAACACUAUUAAGAUCUGGGACAAGAACACUUUGGAAUGUAUACGCGUUCUUACUGGACAUACUGGCUCGGUCUUAUGUUUGCAGUACGAUGAGAGAGUGAUCAUUACUGGAUCUUCUGACUCCACAGUCAGAGUUUGGGAUGUCAACACUGGCGAGAUGCUGAACACACUCAUACAUCACUGUGAAGCUGUGCUUCACCUACGUUUUAAUAAUGGUAUGAUGGUGACUUGUUCUAAAGAUCGCUCCAUUGCAGUCUGGGAUAUGGCCUCUCCAACGGACAUCACUCUCCGGAGAGUGCUAGUGGGUCACAGAGCAGCUGUUAAUGUAGUAGACUUUGAUGACAAAUAUAUUGUGUCUGCGUCAGGGGAUAGAACCAUCAAGGUGUGGAAUACCAGCACAUGUGAAUUUGUGCGCACGUUAAAUGGCCAUAAAAGAGGUAUUGCCUGUCUACAGUACAGGGACAGAUUAGUAGUGAGUGGGUCAUCUGAUAAUACUAUCAGGUUGUGGGACAUAGAGUGUGGUGCCUGUCUAAGGGUCCUGGAAGGCCAUGAAGAGCUGGUACGCUGCAUCCGCUUUGACAAUAAAAGAAUAGUCAGUGGUGCAUAUGAUGGUAAAAUUAAAGUCUGGGAUCUUGUUGCUGCUUUGGACCCCCGUGCCCCAGCAGGUACACUCUGUCUGCGGACUCUUGUGGAGCAUUCUGGGAGAGUCUUCAGGCUCCAGUUUGAUGAAUUUCAGAUAGUGAGCAGUUCCCAUGAUGACACAAUACUGAUAUGGGACUUCUUGAAUGAUCCAACCACUCAGGCAGAAUGUAAUCGCUCACCAUCUCGAACGUACACCUAUGUCUCCAGAUAGAAUUAUCAUGCUAGUAUUCUACCUCAUAUUUGCACAGAAUUUAAGAACUUGCGGUAUUUCAAAAUGAUCUCCAAAUGCCAUGAAAUGGUCUAGUUACCCAGAGCUUACUGGAAAGGGAGCAUUCUGAUUCAUUUCAGAAUAGACACUGGAAGAUGAAUCAGCUCUUGGCAGGAACUUCUCAAUUCACUUGACCCCUGAAGUGCUGCUUUUGUUUACAGAUGAUAUUUUUUAUGUUUGAAUAUUUGGAAAUGUGUCGCCUUAUUUUGCUUCGUACCCCAUUCUCAGAUAUUUUGUAGAUAAACGUAUUUAUUGCUUUGCCCAAAUUUGUUUGUGUUUGCCAUAAACAGAUGAAUCAUCGUGUCUGGGUACGAUCAAAAUGAAUGACUUCUGUGAAGAAGAGAAGAAAAUGUUGUAAUCCAACCCCCCGAAGGGAGCUUCUUUCUUUUCCAUUUUCUAGCUGCCUGGAGCAGUUUGAAUAUAUCUGAAAGCACACCUUCUGACUUUUCUUUUAGAACAUAACUUGCAGCACAGCAGUGGGACAAAUGGGCUAAGCCAAAAAAGGUGGUGUGACAGAUCUUGAAGGACUUUUGUUGUGUUACAAGUCACUACAGGUUGGUAUUCACAUAUGGAAGCAAGUAAAAACAAGCAUACAGAAUGAGCAGUUUGCAGACUGUUUGUGCUGUGAGAUUCUGCUUUUUGCCAUCUAUGAGAUUCUGCUUUUUGCCAUCUUCAGAAAUGUUACAUCUUAUCCAAACUCACUUAGGAAGAAAGUGCUUUUAAGCAUGCUCUUUUUAUGUUGUCAUAACAUCUGUUUUGAGCUCAUAGUAUUUGUUUUCAUGUUUCUCUGUGAGUACAGAGUAAGUUUUUUUAUCUGCAUUUUUUGAAAAUUUUAAGUACUUGGAAAACUGCAUAUUGUUACAAACUGUCAUGUUCCGAACUCUACAGCAGCGUUGGUGUGGCUCCCUCUCUUCGUGUUUGUGCAAGCAGUAUUUAAAUCGAGAGCCCAAAGCCUAUGCAGCAGUUUGGGUACAUGGCAGCUGAGUGUUGUCACCAUAACAGGCAGAACCCUCAACAAAGUCUUCAGACAUACUGUAGAUUAUGUACUGUAAAUGGGCAAAAUCUACUUGGCUACUUAAGUAUAUACAGGGCUGAAUAACAGUGAUGUAUUGUUAAAAGCUGCUUAUAUUCUGGUAAUCAUAAACAUCUCACAUUAGUGUAGGGCCUUUUUGUUUCACAGGAGGGAGGGUAUUUAUGUUUGUUUCCUGACGGGCACUGGAAGGCAUUUAAGGAAAUCCUGAUUGUAUGUGGGAUUGUCAGAAGAAGAACAAGCACACAUCUUAUUGUGCUAAACAUGCAAUAUUACACUUUAUCAGUCCACAACUUGACACUAUAUAGAGGUUCUCUAAAGUUCUUUGCCCUAGCAGAAAUGCAUUAUAUUUAAUCUGAUUAGUUGUGGGCUAUUUCACUGAAAUUUAGAGGAAAUAUAUAUGGGCAGUCUGAAGUAUAUUUAACUUGUGUUACUUGGUAUGGAAUAUAAAAAGAGUAGGGAAUAUUUAUUGUAGGAAUGUUCAGUAAAUCAGAUAUAUUUGUACUGUAAUAAAACCUAUUAACUAUAUCACAUUAUAUACUAUGUAAUUCACACUUUGUGAAACUGUCUGUAUUUAUCACACCCCUGGCCAUAAACUUGUGUAUUUAUUUAGGCAUUUGUGUCUGUGCUAGUAUAUGUGUGUCUCUUGUGUUUUUACCCCAAAUAAUAUGUGUAUUUGAAUAUAUGUAUGAUAGGAAUUCAGAGUCAUUUGAAUAUAUAAAUGCUGUUAUUUUUACUAAACACAAUUAUUUCUCUGAUUACACUUAAAUAUUAUUUCUUUGAUUAUACUUAAAUGUUGUUUCUUCAGUGUCAUUGUUUUGCAGGAUUACUUCAGCCAUUGUUUUUCCCAUGAGCUGGUUCCCUGCACAUUGCUGAUGAUACUUUAGUGGUAAAAGAUACAGCAUUUCACUGUAAUUAAUAAAAUAGAAAAUACACUAAAAUAAUAAUUUGCAUAAUACAAUGUAAUUUAAUACACACUGGUAAGAAAUAAUGGCAAAUCUCCCAAGAUAGUUAUUUGAGGCCACUUCAGGGAUGCUUAUUUGGUUUGAAAUGAUAGUGUUACUGGUAUUGUAUACUCAUGGCUGUGCUGUGCCUUCAAGCAUUUACAAGGACAUUUAGUAUCUGCUAAGAUUCAUUUUCAGGUUAUCUUACAUGAAGUUUCCUGUCCAGCAGGUGUAAAAAAUAAAUGUCAUUUUUUUUUUCCAUUUU